CGGCGAGAGCAGCAGCUGCGGUCAGCUCCUCAGAUUGAGCUGUUAGCUGAAUUUGCAUAGCAAACACAGUGACGGCUACAGUACAUGGCAGCUCUUCGUUUAUUGCCAAAUUAGCUGCCGCUGUCAAGUCAAUUCGGCAGAUAGAGGAGUAAAGUCGUUCGAAGGGAAGUGUUUUCUGUCUGUAACAAAUAGUUAGAGGAGGCCAGCUUUACUGAAAUCGGAGCUAACGUUGGUAAACGAGCUAAUGUUAGCUAGCCAACGGAAUGGCAUACAGAUGUUUCCCAGAUGAUGUAAGGCACCUCUGCCUGUAUUGACCAAGAUGACUGAAGUCCAGGCCACAGUGGAGUUCUCUGUGGAGCUCCACAAGUUCUACAAUGUGGAUCUGUUCCAAAGAGGGUUCUACCAGAUGCGUGGCAGUCUGAAGGUGCCUCCUCGUGUUCCACACAAAGUUGAAACCAGUCUCCUUCAUCCAGGAGGCUCAGAUCUGGCGUUUCCUGCUUCAGUCCAGGAUGACGUCAUCAGCAGCAAAACUUUCCAAAUCUUGUAUAAGAAUGAGGAGGUUGUUGUCAAUGAUGUUCUCCUCUUCAAAGUGAUGAUGCUUCUGGAUGAAAAGAAGGUAGAAGAGUCGCUAAACGAAAUGGAUUUUCAGCUCUUCCUGGAUUUAUAUUUCACAGAUGGCGAUUAUACACCAGAAGACCCAACUUGUCUGCAGAAUAUAAGCGGCCGCAUACUUCAUUUGCACUUUAGCCUCCAGCGGGGCAUCCACCAACACAUUAACGUCAUGUUUGACUACUUCCAUCUGUCUGUCAUCUCUGUGGCCAUCCACGCCUCCCUCGUGGCACUACAUCAACCCCUAAUAAGUUUCCCUCGACCUGUGAAAACCACAUGGCUGAACCGAAACGCUCCAGCACAGAGUAAAGAUUCAAUCAUUCCACCUUUGGAGAAUGUUGUGUUUGGUAGCAGCUAUGUGAAGCAGACAUCACCAGAUGGGAGAACAUUCCUGGUGUCGGACAGCUGUCUCCAGCAUGCGUUUAGCAUGCAUCAUAACCUCUGCUCCAUUCUCCUGGUGGCUUACCGGGGCCUCUUUGAUUAUUUUACCUCUAUAACCAAGGACCUACCCUCCUCCCAUCGUAUGGAACUAGCCAAGCCCAGCAUGCAGGCCCUAUAUGAGCGAGUACUCAGAAGACCAUAUCCCCGAGGGCAAAGGCACGUCUACAUAGAACAACUUGACUUGGAGGCCCGUCUAGCUGAGCUAUGUGAACAAGUAAAGGUUAAGGCGGAGUCACCUGACGAGCUUGCAGAACUUGUUAAUAUGAACCUGGCACAGCUCUGCUCUCUGCUCAUGGCUCUCUGGGGACAGUUCCUUGAAGUUGUGUCCCUGCAGGAGCAUGUAGCAGCCCUACUAGCCAUGGAGCACCACACACUAAGAGUAAGAAGGUUUGCUGAGGCUUUCUUUUGUCUUGAACAUCCAAGGCAAUCUGCACUGGCAUAUCAGGAACUACAUGCCCACAGCCAUCAACAGAUGACUAAUGCCAUCAAAAGCUCCAGCUACUUCUUGUGUUUGCCUCCUCUAACAGUAGAAUGUGCAGACCUUGACGGGGAUGUUAACUCUUUGCCAAUCAUCUUUGAGGAUAGAUACCUUGAAUCCAUCACGGAGGAUCGUGAUGGACCCUGGCUGGGCAUGCACAACACAAAAACUGCCUCAGCCUCCAGUAAAACCGACAAGUCUGGUGCAAAGGACUGCAGCGCCUCAGCCAGCUCAAUACCAGAGACACAGAGUUCUCUUCUGGAAAACACCUGGCCGGAAAACUUUGAUCCAGCACCUAAGACUAAAGGAAAAUCAGUAAAACUGAAGAAAAACUCAAAGACGGAGAACUCUAAGAAGUUGACUAGACAGGGUUCAAAGGAUUCUGUGGUUUUAGUGGGUUAUAAGAACCUGAAAGCCCCCCAUAGCAAUAUUAGCACAAAGUACAAAGAAGAGGAGGUUUCUGUUAACCAAGAGGAGGAGCAAGAUACUCUAAGGCUCGACUCAAGUAGCUUUUCACGGACUAAUGCCAGUGCUGUUUUUGAGUCUAGUGGCGCAUCAACAAAUUCAGGAAACGGUGCUGAUGAGCCCGUUGCAGGCUAUGGAAUAACUACUGCUGCUUGUAGUAAAGAUCUUUUCAAAAACCUUUCUGCUUUGGACUCAAAGAGCAGUCCUCAGGCUGGUACUGGGGUUGCAAUUACUAGUCAACACAUUAAUAAAGGUGUUUAUGUAGACCACAUUGGUCACAAUCUUAAACAGGGGUCUUCUGGCUUGAUUGAAAAUGAGUCAAAACCAAGUAAUGAGGACACCACGCAAGGAGAUAAAGUAAACACUCUUCUGCCAAAUCAAACUGGUAAAGGUCUUAUUCCUACGAUAACCCAGACAGGUCUUUGUGAUUCCCAGCUUCCUGCAGUGAAAUCUAUUAUUGAAAGGCAAGGUAAAGCUGCAGCACAACCAAGUAAGGCCUGUACGUUCUCAGUGCAGGUGAAGAGCGACAGUAUCAGGUUCCAAGACGUAGGGGCCCCUAGUGCCUCAUCUCGCCUAUCAGACUCUGGCAUUGAGAGUGAGCCCAGCUCCUUUGGACCUCAGGCAGGACAUACAGAGCUGACUGUCCAAAGUCCUGCUCCACUACCUGCUCAGCAGAACACAGUGCAGAAGCCUAGCAGCACAGGAGACUUUCUCUAUCCAGAAAAUACAAGUGCUGUAAGUGGAGUCCAGUCCUCACUGACUUCCAUUAACUCCCUGCCCUCAGAUGAUGAGGGGGAAGGACAGUCCAAGAGCUCCACUGGAGGCAGAAAGUCCAGCAUUUUGGUGCAGGAGCAGAGUGUCGUGUUCUCUGGAGACAUUGCUAAAAGAACCGAUGGAACCUGCACCCCCAACACCACCGCUGGUAAUUUUCCACCUAAAAAGAUCCCACUUGACCAGGAAUAUGAUUUUAAAUCAGCAGAAUGUUCAGAAAUUGGAGCCGAGGAAGCGGGUGGAUCAGGGACGUCAAAAGAAUCCCACACAGCUUGCCCUUCCAGCAACUCUGCCACGAGUAGCACUGAUCUGGUGAAGCGUGGGAUGGUGGAGAAUUACUUUGGCUCAUGCUCCAGCACAGACGUGUCUGAGAUCAGCCCUGUGGAAACAUCAGCUAUCACUCUUGGAAUCCAGGCAGAAGCUCCCGUUGAGGAAGAUGAGGAUGAGACUGAACACGAGAUGAUUGAGAAUGGUUAUUAUGAGGAAGGUGACGGCUAUGAUUUUGUGAACGGCGUUGCAGAUGAUGAUCAAACUGCUGCUGAGGUCGGUGCUUCUCAAGAGAAACGCCUUCUGCUUGAGCAGCUUGGUACUGCUCACCUUCAUGAUACUAAGGAGACAUCGAAAGCUCCUUUAUGCUCCAACCCAGCCACCAGCACUGUUAGGUAUAGUUUAUGUAAAUCCCCUUACUCCUCCACCUCGUUGUCGUCCAGUUUGCACUGGUAUGAAUGUGCACCCACGCCACAGAUGAAAGCAUUCAUCAAGGCCAAAGAAGAAAUGAAACAAUUAAAGCUUCCUGGUUUCGUGUACAGCGAGGUCCCUGAAUUGGCAUCUACUAUUCCCUACUUCAGCCUAGAGGAGGAUGAAAGCUGUGAGGAAGGCAUCCAUCUCAUUGUGUGCGUCCAUGGUCUGGAUGGUAACAGUGCAGACUUGAGGCUCGUGAAGACGUACCUGGAGCUUGGACUGCCUGGUGCUCGUAUAGACUUCUUAAUGUCUGAAAGGAAUCAGAAUGACACGUUUGCUGACUUUGAGUCAAUGACAGACCGCCUGUUGGACGAAAUAGUCCAGUACAUUCAGAUUUACAACCUAACGGUGUCAAAGAUAAGCUUUGUGGGCCAUUCUUUAGGGAACCUGAUAGUGCGUUCAGUGUUAACCAGGCCCAGGUUUAAAUGUUACCUGAGCAAGCUGCACACAUUUCUUUCCCUCUCAGGACCUCACCUGGGCACACUGUACAACAGCUCCGCUCUCGUCAAUACAGGCCUUUGGUUCAUGCAGAAAUGGAAAAAAUCAGGAUCACUUUUGCAGCUGACGUGUCGGGAUCACUCUGACCCUCGCCAAACUUUUCUGUAUAGACUCAGCAAAAAAUCUGGUCUGCAGUACUUUAGGAAUGUGGUGCUGGUGGGGUCACUGCAGGAUCGCUAUGUUCCCUAUCAUUCAGCUCGAAUAGAGAUGUGCAAAACGGCAUUAAAAGACAAGCAAACAGGGCCUGUCUACGCUGAGAUGAUUGAAAACCUGCUGCUGCCAGUGCUCCAGAACAAAGAUUGUAAUUUGGUCAGGUAUGAUGUCAUUCAUGCUCUGCCCAACACGGCCAACUCUCUAAUCGGCCGGGCUGCUCACAUCGCCGUCUUAGACUCCGAGAUCUUUCUGGAGAAGUUCUUCCUUGUUGCUGGACUGAAAUACUUUCAGUAGAACUGCAUCUGAAACAAAAACCUGGCUGAACAAAAGGAAUGUGGUGCUGAUACCUCACUGCAACUUUGAUUUUAUUUUUGCUUUUUCAUGGUAGUGGAAUUAAGAUUCUCCGGUUAAAAUACACUUAAGAAUCAUAUGUUUUUUUUAUGCUUAUACUGGAAUCAGUAGAUGUGUGGAGUUUACCAUUUUUAUUUUUCUACCAUAAUUUGUUUUUACUUCUCUGUUUAAAGAAUAAUUUCUCCCAUUAAGUUGUACUUUAAUAGUAUUUAUGAGCUAUGUAUUUAUUUUUAACUUUGAACUACUUUACAAAAAAAUUAAUUGAGAAAUUUUAAAUGCUGAACUGGAAGUGUAGCUGCUAUUAAAUAAAAUGUUGGGUUUUGGGGUUGUUUUUUUUAUUGUUUUUGUUUUGUGAGUUGUCCCAAGUUGAUUCUGCACAUACUGUACAAAACAUUGCAAAUGUUUUCACCGAUUUUUAAGAAACAUUGCAUUUUUUGCACCUCAAGUAUAUUUUACAAGCUUUUUUUACUAAAAAUGUCAUUUGUAAACAAAAAAAGGAAGUUUUCUAUCGACAAUUUCCCCUCACUUUUAAAGGCAUAGGCUGAAGUAGGAUCGUUGCUCAGCUUUGGCUUUAUUUUCCAUACUUGAUGCUGUGGAACAGUCUGCACAUGUACCCAGCCUGGUGUUGGGAGAUUAAAGCUGCCUUCAUGAUGGCUUUUCAGUAUAAAAAUUCUAAGCAGCAAUCGUUCAGGAAAAAGCACAGAUUGAAAGCAUUUUGUUAAUCAUAUCCUGAGCCGCUGUUUAUAUGUUUGUCUGUAUAUAUAUAUUUCGCUGUAAUCUAUUAAAAUGUAUUCU